AAUCCUUUUACACCAGUUACUACACGGAUAACGUGGUCGCAGUAUAACUUCAACAGCAUCAUGUCCCUCGACACCGGCAAUGGAAUCAGAAUCGCCCAAGCAGUGGGGAUAAUAAGCUCUGCCUUUGCAGCGGGCGGAAUCUUCGCCAUAUCCACCUUCUCAAUCCCCAACCUUCUCCUCCCCCUCGGCCCCGAAAUCACCUCGCAAGCAACAACAAAAACAGCCACGGCAGCAUCCCCCAAACUCAUCGCAAAACAAUGGCUCCAACUCUACAACAAGGGCAAAAAGGUCAUGCCGAGCAUUGCGCUCUCCGCCGCCCUGGCGUACGGGUAUCUAGCCCGCGUCGACACCAAGGCGACUUGGUACUACCUUCCUGCUAUCUGGUCCACGAUGGGGAUUGUGCCAUAUACCCUUGCAGUUAUGUCGCGGGUUAAUCGGGCCAUUGCGGGAUAUGCGGAGGGCAGUGAAAAGCCUGUUCCUGAGGGUGAUUUAGUGCGGUUGUUGAAGACUUGGGGGAGGAUGAAUUAUGUGAGGGCUUUGGGGCCGCUUGUUGGUUCUAUUCUGGGGUUCUAUGCGGCUUUUGUGGUUUAG